AUGCUCUUUGCAUAUUCAGGUUGCCUUGCCCCUCAAUGCAUACCUGAUAUUAGUAGUUUCAAGGCGCUUCCAUUCCGUGACACUGAGAGUCGGUUUACUACCGACUCUUCCGUAAUCUCGAGCCGUUUUUCAAGUAGCUUUACGAGUAGUUCGAGCAAAAUUAUUAUUAUCACUUCUAUUUUUUCCUCAAAAAUGGAUAACGAACAUGUAGGUGCCUCUCUAAUUGUUUCUUUGAGCAUGGCUAGUCUAAUCUUAACUAAUGUGUUCAGUUUUAGCUCUACUAGCUAUUCCUCGCAACCAUCUGAUUAUAUUGCAUGCUCCCCCAGUGGUAUUGAUGACCAACCUGUGGCUGAACCUUCUGGAUACACACCUGUUGGCUCCUCAUCUCCACAUUCUGGUUGUAUUACUUCUGGUUUGGAUGCAAUAGGUUACCAAUCUUCACUUAAUGAAGGCCAAUCGACGAAUGCAUCUUCCAGAUUCGUCACAAAAGUUUACAGUCAUUCUGCCUUAACUCAUAUAAUUUUACAUUUACUCAGUAUCCUUCAGAAGUUUUACCUACAAGUAAGCACCAUUUCUUAA